AUGGCCAGCAAAUGCUUUGUGUCUGGAUGCUCAAGUAAGCCAUAUGGCAAGUGCGAUUGUAGCGAGGAUUAUACCAUAUUUUGUCAAUACCACAGCACUAAACAUAUGCAAAUCUUAGAUGGAGAUAAAAGGCAUCGAUGCUUAAGAUUAUAUUAUACACCUGCUGCUGAAAUUAAAAUAUUGGUUAAGAAAAAAAUUGCUGAACUAAGGCAAGGCCUACAGAAAUAUAGGAAAAACGUUAUUUUAGACGCAAAAGAAAUUAUUGGAGCUGUGAAAAAUAAUUUAGAAAAGGCUUUACAAAGCUUGGACAAGUUAGAAGAAAAAUUUUUAAGAAUUGCUUUGAUGACUGAAUUUAAUGAAAUCCUUGAUUUGAGCAAAGAAAAUGACCCUGAAAGCGUUUUGAAAAUGGAGCCCUAUGUUGCUGAUUUUGAAACUAAAGAUUGAUAUUUUCCAGAUUUUAUAUCGAAAACAGAGUCUCUAGUUUCGAAUAUUAGUAUCUGUUUUAAUGCCAAUAUAGAUCCUUUUCAGCGUCCAAAACCUGAUAUUAAUAGGAUGCAAGAUGAUAAAUAUAUAUAGCGUAUUCAAGUCUUUAGUAUAGCUUACGCAUGUUUCUUUUCUAUAAUUUGAUACUCUGGAAAACUAUCUUAAGGUUACUGCGCUAAAAAUUGAAAAAAUCAUAUCAUUUUGCAGGAUUUUCAAUUUUUAGUUGCUUGCCACGUUUAGGUGCCAGACUCCAAGUUGUGAACAAGAAAUUUGUGUAAUACUGCAUUAAAGGCAGGCAAGCGUUUAUUUUUUAAAGGAAAUAGUAAUAAAGAGUUAUCGGAAAUAAAUUUAAAAACAUUUCAAGAAACUAAACUCAACCUUGACCUUAUAGAAAAUAUUCCCUUUCAAAUUUCAAGCUGCAUCUUACCAGAUAAAAGUGUUUUUUAUUACUCAAACCCUAAUUCAUUAACAUCUACAUACACAUUUAUUAUAGAUAAAAAUAAGAAUAUCAAACAAGUUGCAAAUUCAAAGGUGAGCCGCUAUUUAUACCCAAUUUAUUUUGAUGGAUUUGUGUAUGCAUUAGGAGGACAAAAUAACUUGGCACAAAGAUUUUGCCUUAAAUCUAACACAUGAGAAGACUGUGCUCCUCUUCCAACUGGUCUCAGUUUUCAUCAAACUGCAGCAAUUUUGUUUAAUGAAGAAAUACUGCUCACAGGAUAUUAUCUUACCAAGAUGAUAAAAUACAGUCCUAAAAACAACAAUUAUAGUGAUAUUGUCGGAUUAAAUUUAACUCAAAGCGUAUAUAAAAUACUAUUUAAGGGAGACAAAAAAGCGUUUAUUCUACAAACAAGUGGAAAUAUUUUUGAAAGUGAAGAGAAUAAUGUCAAUAAAUGAAACUUGAUAGGCAAUAAUAAUAUUCCAUCAAAUUAUGCUCCUACAACUUAUGUAAUAGAAUAUCAUGGUUGCAUAUAUAUGAUCCUCCUAAUAAAUCAGCUCUGGGAAUUUAAUCUUUCAACAAAACAAUUAAGACUAGUUAACACUUAUAGCUAA